CAAGAAGGAAACUCGGAAAUGGCUGAAGCACAGAAGAAACAAUGGACUGGCAAGGCCAUAGUGGCGCGCGACACACUAGCCAACAAAGGCUGGAAAAUGGAGGAGGUCACCACGCAAGAGAUCAAAGAGGACGAGUUGGUUGUCGAGCUCGUAGCAAGUGGUAUCUGCCAUACAGAUAUCAUGUGUGGUUCAGGCACCGGAAACCCAGAUCUGUUCUACUACCCGCGCGUCCUGGGUCACGAAGGAGAUGCGGUACUAUUGUCGUUUGACUGGUGCGGUAAUUGCGAGUCUUGCAAAGGCGGCCUGCCAUCGCUGUGCUACGAGAGCAUGCCGCUGAACUUUGGCAACAAGGCUACCUUCACAUCUGCCAGUUCCACAGAUACGACGGAGAUAGCUGGCAAGUUCUUUGGCCAGUCCAGCUUUGCUCACUAUAGCGUAGUGAAGCAAAACAGCGUUGUCAAUGUCACCAGCCUCGUCAAGAGUAAGCAAGAAUUGCAGGCUUUUGCUCCAUUAGGCUGCGGCUUGCAGACUGGAGCUGGCACAGUGGUCAAUGUCGCGAAGGCUACGCCCAAAGAUUCGAUCGUGGUGCUUGGAUUGGGAGGCGUUGGCUUGAGUGCUAUCAUGGCAGCAAAGCUAUCUGGCUGCAGAACCAUCAUCGGAAUCGAUCGUGUGGAUUACCGUAUGGAGACAGCAAAGUCUCUAGGCGCUACACAUGUGGUUGACACAUCAAAGCUCCAAGAUGGCAAAACUGUCAUCGAGGCGGUUCAGGAACUCUGCGAGGGUGCUGGUCCUGCGAUCACCAUCGACACGACGGGUGUGCCAGUUCUCGUCAAAGCUGCUAUCGAGAUGACACGAAAGGGUGGCAGGAUCAUCCAAGUUGGAUCGACGCCACCAGAUUUCCAGGUUGAGUUGCCAGCGUUUUUGUUCAUGAAUAGCGGUAAGGCAUACAUGGGAGCGAUCGAGGGUAACAGCAUAUCUUCCGAGUUCAUUCCAAAGAUGAUAGGGUGGUAUCGCGAAGGCAAGUUUCCAUUCGAUAAGCUGGUCAAGCUUAUGCCAGCAGAGGAGUUCGAGAGGGGUAUCCACGAGAUGCACACGGGCGAGACGGUGAAGCCUAUCAUCACUUGGUCUUAG